AUGUGGCAAAAACUCACUCUCCUUCUCUCUUUGACCCUCCUCCUUCUCGCGAGUGUGAGCUUUGUUGACGGCGCAAGCGGCAUCGCGACUAAACUACAAAACAAACGCGGCAAUGAACCAGACCAAGCUCCGACCUUCAAAGUGAAGAACCCAAAGAUCUCUCUUGGCCCUCAUCUCGCCCCGGCCACAUUCCCCCAUGACAACCCCUUCAACCUCACCGAGCAAGAUGCCCUCAACCUUGACAUCAAGAUAAUCCCCGUCGACAACGAUCACUGGGAUGCUCUUGUCAGAAGCACCGGGCUCGAUGAAAGUACUACCGGCAAGAACGGCAACAGACUUAAGCAAGCUCAUCAGCGAGAGUUCAACCCACCUGAUCCCACCGAUUGGUGCACUCCCAAUAAGAACACUAGCCAGUGUAUGUUCGGCGCCUGGUGCCAUUCACAGAGCAACAUAAACGUUCCCAACCGUGCUUGGGUCUUCUACAACGACUGCGAGCUUACCGGGGACUUGCAUCCCUGGCAGUGGAGCGCGUGGAUGGACAUAUACUCAGGCCUUCCCUGGGUCACCAUUUUCUACAUAAACCCUACGCGCUGGCCUAUUCUUAAAUAUGCUGGCCGCAAGUGGGAUGGCUGGUCUAAAGGUUGGGAGAUUUACUAUCCUUACCGCACGAAUGGCAUCUAUUACUACCGCCGCUACUUUGACUGCUCCUAA